UUCAAGGUACAGCAUAUCUGUGGCCCAGAGAGAGGGAGAAGUGGAGGAUGUCGUGGCUUCGAAAGGCGUUGUGCUUAUGGGGUCUUACUAGGGACCAGAUGCUAUGUAAGAUGUUUCGUAUAGGUUAUCCCAUGGAACCCUUCCAACAACCCUGUGAGGUAGGUUUCUUCUCCAUUUUAUAGCCGCAGGAACUAUGAGAGAAUGGAUCAAAUGACUUCCCUAAACUCACACAACUCAGAAGGGCUGGGAGCCGAAAUUGGACCUGAGUGAGUCUGCUGUCAGAGCUGGCCUUUCUUCUGGAGGAGGAAGGCUGGUGGAGCAGACCAGGCGGGGUGUCACAAGGGUGUUGAAGACUUCCCUCAGGGUGUGGCUCUGGGCGUGAGGCUGUGAACUCGGUCAGGCCUGCCCCUCUGAGGCUCAGCCCAGCAGACAUUGAGCGAUCCAUGUGUGUUCCGUAUCUUCUGUUCCCCCGCCUUCAGAGCAGAGUCAUACAGCUUCUCUCUUGUGGAUUUGGCAGAGAUUGUUGGUAGCAGAUUCUUGGGGGUAUUAUUGGUUGCCUGCCUACGGUCCUCUGAGUCCUGGGAGUCCAGCGCUGUUCCUAGGAUUAUACUGGCUAGAGAUCAAGGGGGAUGAAAUAAUUGUUUGGUUGUUCUUAAAUGAAAAUGAGCUAAAACACUGAGAACUGAGAAACCCCAGUCAGGGGAGUUUUUCAAUGACCUUCAUUUUGUUUUGUUGUUUUUUUUUUUUUGCCCAAGAUAGUAUUGUUAUAAUCAGACAUUAUCUGCCCUGGUUUCUCAGCCUUCUGCUGGUAAUGUUUCUCUCUUUUAUUUCAAAAGUAGCAGAAUUAGAGAUCUUGAUCCAGUUCCUUGGACAUCCCGCUGGUUCCUGCUUUUGGUUCGGGGAGGAGGGUGAGGUGAUCCCAGGAUCUCCUUUAUACCUCAGAUGAUUGAUGGUGAUGACAUUCCCCUGAAACUUUUCUUAUUUGAGGUACAGAGGCAGCCUUUAUCUGUUUGUUAAUACAAAUGUCACAAAGUCGAAAACAUAUGUAAAUUCUUUAGACAGAGGGGGAAGAUCAGAACAUCUUGUGCUUUCAUUCCGUUCCGUUGUUGAUAAAUUGUCCACAUUAUCUCUUGGGGAGUGGAACAGAGCCACGCGCGGGAGCAUAGGGUUGCUGCAGGAAGCCCACUCUUCCCGGAUGGAGGAGCCUGCUCACAGGGCCAGUGAGGGGUGUUCCAAGGCUCACAUAGUCCAGGCCGGACAUGGAGAGAGACCUUCCAAAGAGCUGACAUACAGACUGUCCCCUGCUUCUGCAGACAUAACAUCGAACCCUCCACAGCCUGGGGGAAGACUGCAGAGAGAAUGGCAUCAGAAGACAGAGACCACAUCUUCCCACACGGCAAGAAGUUUUAUCUUUUGAUAUUUCAAAUGGGCCAUCACCAAAGUCCUUGGGAACUGGGCUGGAACAGAACUUGACAUUCCUGCCACCCCCUGCCGUGGUCUCUGUAUUGCAAAGGGAGUCCGGGCAUUUCUCAGAAUUCAGCUUUUCCCGAUGGUUCUAUGUUAGGUCACUCAUGAAAGGCUCUUGGUGAGUUUUGGAAGGAGAGGUCACUAUUCUCCAGUAGUAGUAACAGGCAGAUGACUGAGCAGCUUCCCGAAAGCUUCUUGCGAAGCCCCUCCCUCAGUGCUGCUGGCCAAAGUCAGCACUGAGGGAGUUUCCCUGACCUUCGAGCUCCCAUUCCAUAGACCCCUGCAUCCAACCUCUUUAUAUAUGACAUGCAGAGAGUGAUUUCUGUUUUCCUCGCUGAACCCUGACUACAACAGGAACUAAGCCAAACCUUGAAAUUCCUCAAUAAAUAUCAUGGGAAAAACAUGUAUUCUUCACUUGUCUCACCCUGGGUUACUGGAAACCUCCAAAAGGCAAGGCCAUGUUGGUUAAUGGAGCAAACAACAAAGUCUGGAAACUUCAAAGACUAUGUUCAGAUGGUGUGUGGACAGCGAGUUGCUACAGAAACACCAUUUGAUCAGCCCGGAUGAUUACUACAGUGACAUAGUGCCAUUUUGCUCUGCACCCAAAGGCAUCUCCAUGCCUGGAUGUUCAAAACUCACAUUCAGUUGUGAGAAGCGCUCUGUCCCCAAGAAGAACCUGAUUAAGAAGCUUGAGGCUUCCUGCAAGAUGCUGACUAAGUCUGAAGACGAGUUAGACUACACCGUGGACAGCCUGACGGGGGACUUGUGUUCAAAGGCCAAGCGCAAGGCCGUCAAGAAGGCAGGUCCACCCAAGAAUAAAAAGUGGAUGAGCCACUUACGCGUGCCCCAGAGAGAACUGGAGCGACUUCUGCUUGCCAGAAUGGAGAGUCGGAACCACUUCCUAAAAAACCCUCGGUUUUUCCCUCCUAACACUCCCUAUGGAGGCAAGUCUCUUCUCUUUCCUUCGAAGAAGCCAGUCCUGGCGGGAGAUCUGGAGCAGAGUUGUGCUGACACUCCAGUGUUUCUAGCUAAGCCAUCAGUUGGAUUUUUCACAGAUUAUGAAAUUGGGCCAGUUUAUGAGAUGGUGAUCUCCCUGCAGAACACCACUGCGACCAGUCGCUACCUGAGAGUCCUCCCGCCUUCUACACCGUACUUCGCUCUGGGACUGGGGAUGUUCCCAGGAAAAGGCGGAAUGGUGGCUCCUGGAAUGACCUGUCAGUUCAUCGUCCAGUUUUUUCCCGACUGUCUUGGGGAUUUUGAUGACUUCAUCUUAGUCGAGACCCAGUCAGCCCACACCCUCUUGAUACCCUUGCAGGCCCGGCGGGCCCCCCCAAUGCUGACGUUGUCACCAGUGCUGGACUGUGGUUACUGCCUCAUCGGGGGAAUGAAGAUAACCAGAUUCAUCUGCAAAAACGUGGGCUUCAGCGUUGGCAAGUUCUGCGUGAUGCCUAAGAAGAGCUGGCCGCCACCAAGUUUCCGGGCUGUUGCAACCAUUGGCUUCGUUGAGCAACCUCCAUUCGGAAUCCUGCCUUCGGUGUUUGAGCUGGCUCCGGGACAGGCCAUAUGUAUAGAGGUCUUAUUCCUCCCAAUGAACCUAGAAAAGGCAGAGCAGACCUUCAUCAUUGUGUGUGACAACUGCCAGAUAAAGGAGCUGGUGACUGUAGGAAUCGGGCAGCUGGUUGCUUUGGAUCUGAUCUAUAUUUCUGGUGAAGAAAGUCACCCGGAGCCUGGAGAGCUCACAGACUUAACAGCCCAGCACUUCAUACGCUUUGAGCCUGAGAACCUUCAGUCCACAGCUAAAAAGCAGCUGAUUAUUAGAAAUGCUACGCACGUGGAGCUGGCCUUCCACUGGCAGAUCAUGAAGCCCAACCUGCAGCCCCGGAUGCCUGGGGAAAGCUACAGCCUGGAAAGCCUCAAGUACCACCCGGACAGGGAGACGGCCUUCUCUGUCCUGCCCGACAGGGGCCUUCUCAGCCCCCACGCGGACUACGAGUUCAUCCUGAGCUUUUCUCCUCAUGAGCCCAGGGAUUUUCACAGUGUGCUCCAGAUGGUGCUAGAGGAAGUCCCAGAGCCCGUGAACUUGGAUCUGGAAAACCGGAAGGAUUCCUCCUGCUCUAUGGAUGAUGUGAUUGUCCUGGAAAUCGAGGUGAAAGGCUCAGUGGAACCUUUCCAGGUUCUCUUAGAACCAUAUGCCCUCAUCAUCCCCGGGGAGAACUACAUUGGCACAAAUGUGAAGAAGAAUUUUAAGAUGUGGAACAACAGCAAGUCCCCCAUCAGAUACCUGUGGGGAAAGAUCAGUGACUGCCACAUCAUUGAAGUAGAGCCCUGCAUGGGGACCAUAGAGCCCAGCGAGGUGGAGGAUUUUGAGUUGAGCUUUACCGGAGGUGUCCCUGGGCCAACAAGCCAGGACCUGCUGUGUGAAAUCCAAAACUCACCCUUGCCAGUGGUGUUACACAUUGAGGCAGCCUUUAAGGGGCCUGCCCUUGUCAUCAGCGUCUCAGCCCUUCAGUUUGGUUUGCUGCGCCUGGGGCAGAAAGCCACGGACUCCAUCCAGAUCCAGAAUGUCAGCCAGCUCCUGGCCACGUGGUGCAUGAAGGAGAGCCUGGUCUGCCUCCAAGAGAGGGGCGAAGAUGUGUCUCCCUUCGACAUUGAGCCCUCAAGUGGCCAGAUUCACCCUCUGGGGGAGUGCAGAGUGACCAUCACCUUGGAGGCCAAGCAGUGUCAGCGGCUGCAGACCGUCCUGGAGCUGGAGGUGGUGAACGGGGCCUGGAGUUAUCUUCCUGUGUAUGCUGAAGUACAGGAGCCCCACGUGUACCUGCAAAGCAGCCACAUGGAAGUCACGAACCUCUACCUGGGCGUGCCUACCAAGACAACCAUCACAAUCAUCAAUGGCACACUCCUGCCUACCCGGUUCCACUGGGGCAAGCUGCUAGGGCGCCAAGCAAGCGUCUGCACGGCAAAGAUCUCCCCUAGACGGGGCACGCUGGGUCCCAGUGAGGAGCGCCAGCUCAACCUGGAGUUGACUGCACAUACCCAGGAAGAGCUGACUGAUCUGGCCUUCCCUUGUACCGUGUCAGGCAUGAAGGAGCCACUGGUUCUGGGCAUUUCUGGGAAGCCCCAGGGACUGCAAGUGGCUAUUGCCAUCUCUAUGGAGGACUCUGACAGCAGUGUGCCCAGCACAGAGCUGUGUCCAGACCGCCUGGAGGAGCUCCACCUUGACUUCGGCUCGACGGUGCCUCUGAGGACCCGCGUGAGCUGCCGGCUCAUCCUGACCAACCACUCCCCGAUCCAGACACCUUUCACCCUCCAGUUUGAGUACUUCGGGAGUCCCCAGAACAGCCUGACCCAGAAGGCCAGCCUUCCCGACAUGCCCCCUGCCCUGCUGAAGACGUCUCGGAUUCGAGAACAGUUGGCCAAGCGAGAGCAGCUGAAUUUUAUGGAAAACAUGUUGUCUCAUGGGAAAGGAGCUGCCUUCUUUCCCCACAUUUCUCAGGGCAUGCUGGGGGCACACCAGCAGCUAAGCAUCGACAUCACAGGCUAUGCGAACAUGUGGGGCGAGUACUGGGACAACCUCAUCUGCACGGUGGGGGACUUGCCACCAGCAGUCAUCCCAGUGCACAUGGCAGUGGUGGGCUGCCCCAUCAGCUCUCAAAGGACCACCUACUAUACCACUGACCAGCUACAGAAGGAACCAGUCAUCAGGUUCGGCACCCAGGUCUCUGGAGGGGACACAGUCACCCGGAUCCUUCGCUUGAAUAACUCCAGCCCCUGUGACAUCCGCCUAGACUGGGAGACCUACAUGCCGGAAGGCAGGGAAGACCGGCUGGUGGAGCUGCUGGUGUUUUAUGGGCCACCUUUCCCACUGCGGGACCAAGCUGGGAAUGACCUCUUGUGCCCAGAGACCCCUGAGAGCAGCAGCCCCUUCUUGUCCCCAAGCCCCUCCAACACUUCGGACUCCAGCCACGAAGCCGCCCAGACUGCCGAGGACAGCUCCUGUGUCAGCAACAGGGUCUCACAGAAGCUCAUCUCAGUCAUUCUGCGGGAGCAUGAUGGGGUGCCCGCUGACCACCUGUACUGCAUCAGCCCCAAGCAGGUGGUGGUCCCUGCAGCGGGCAGCAGCACCAUCUGCAUCUCCUUCACACCAAUGGUCCUGGGCCCUGAUGUCCUGCACAAGGUGGAAUGUGUUGGCUAUGCCCUGGGCUUCAUGAGCUUGGACAAUGAGGUGGAAAGAGAGCUUCCAGGGAGGAGGCGUCGCCUGCAGGACUUUGCAGCAGGACCACUGAGGCUGGACCUGUGUAGCUACGUGAGGCCCGCACAGCUAAGCAUGGAGCUGGACUACGGGGGCGGUGUGGAGUUCUGGCACCAGGCCAGCGACCUCAUCCCGGAGCAGCCUUGUACUGGGGUGCUGAGUGAACUGGUGACCACCCACCAUGUGAAGCUGAGUAACACCACUGAAAUCCCGCAGUACUUCCAGCUCCUGGUCUCCAGGCCCUUCUCCGUUUCUCAGGAAGGGGCCAGCCGCAGCCGCAGCGCUCCUGGCUGGUCGAGGGGCGGCGAGGAAGAGCAAGCCGCAGCCAGCAAGCAGCUGGUGCUCUACCCGAAGGAGAACAUGCUGGUGAACGUGUCCUUCUCGCUGUCCCUGGAGCUGCUCUCCUAUCAGAAGCUGCCGGCUGACCAGAUGCUGCCUGGGGUGGACAUUCAGCAGCGUGCCAGCGGGGAGAAGGAGAUGGUGUUCACUCAGAACCUGCUCCUGGAGCAUGCCAACCAGACCACUCAGGUGGUGCCCCUGAGGGCCAGGGUGGCCGUGCCCGAGCUGCAGCUUUCCACCAGCUGGGUGGACUUCGGGACCUGCUUUGUGAACCAGGGACGGGUCCAGGAGGUCUACCUCAUGAAUCUGAGUGGCUGUCGGAGCUACUGGGCUGUGCUGAUGGGCCAGCAGGAGCCAGACAAGGAUGCUGCGGCAUUCAAGGUAUCUCCAAAUAGCGGGCUGCUGGAGGCACGACUGGUCAACGGGCCCCCAAAUACCGUCACCCUCCAAGUUUUCUUCACUGCCAGGUACCAGCCUCUCCCAGCCUUCCCACAGGCCCGGGCCCCCUUCCUAACCUCAGCGAGUGACCCUCACCUGCACAGGAGCAGCAUGCUGUAUGAAUCCACACUGGUGGUGGAAGGCAUGCUCGGUGAGAAGGCCUGCACCCUGCGGCUCCGCGGCCAAGGCUCUUACGACGAGAAAUACAUGUCACCCCACCAGCUCUGAGGUUCUAUCCUCACCCCCCCAGCUUCGGAAAUAAAACAUGACCUC